GAGGCUCACAGCGCUCUUUAUCUGGCUAUUAGCAGCAGAAUGCAACCAUCCACUGGACGUAUUUUCGGUGGUCAACAUUUUAGCUCACCCUUGAACCGCGAAUCGGCCUGUGCAUGUUCCCUUUUCGAAAUUCGACUCGAAAGAGAUGUCAUUGUGUUUCGGGGCGGCGAGGAUGAAGCCACCGACCAGAUUCUGAAAGGGGCUGUGGUGCUCUGCUUGAAAUCACCACUCAGAGUCGAAACAAUUCAACUUUGUUUCGGCGGUACUCUCCGCCAGUCGAAUAUUGAGCUAACCAUGAGGAGGUGGACAUCGGACCCAGGCAUAUCUCAUAGCAAUGCCAUACUCAUGCACAAAUGGCCCCCAUUUGUGAGGGCGGAUGACAAGAACACGACCUUGCCAGCUGGAAACUACGAAUGGCCGUUUGAGUAUGUCAUCCCGAGUGGCACUGCUGAGACGGUGGAGGGGAUGCCUGAAGCAAGCAUCAUUUAUAGCCUGGAGGCUACUAUGAACCGAAGCAAACUGGGGCGCCAACAGCAUGCUCGAAAGCGAGUUCGCAUAAUCCGCACGUUACCUCUCACCGCUCUGGAGUUCGUGCAUACGAUGAGAAUCGAAAAUCUCUGGGUCGACAAGAUUGACUACUCAGUGACUAUUCCUACAAAGGCUAUAGUACUUGGUGGCUCAACCACUUUGGACAUGCGAUUCACACCUCUUGCCAAAGGUCUGGUGUUGGGACGUAUCGAGGUGACUCUGUGGGAACUUUGCGAGUUUUCAGCUCAAAGCAGACACCGAAUUUAUUCAAGGGAUCACCAGGUCCAGCGUAUCGUCAAGCGCUGGGAGUUUGAUGCAACUGAUCAGGACUGGCAAGACUGCAUCGAGGAGACCGGAGAGGAAGGCUGGGUUAUGAACAAGACGCUCGAUAUCCCAAGGAGGCUUUGCGAAUGCAUCCAAGACUUGGAGGUACAAGGCAUCAAGGUUAAGCACAAGGUCAAGGUGUUUAUCCCGCUGCGAAACCUGGAUGGACAUAUGUCCAAACUCGACAUGGCUUUACCAGUCCACGUUUUUAUCUCUCCAAAUAUGCCUCCAGACGAAGAAGGUAACAUCGCCCACCAAACGACAGGAUCACCAGGCUUGAUGCCUGGGAUUGAUGUACCACCAGAGUAUGGAGAACAUGUGCUCGACCAAGUAUUUGAUCAUAGAUCUGGCUGGCAACAUACUACAUCUCAACAAUAUUCGAGUAUCCAAACAUCCUCCUCGCCCCGCGCCAACGCGUCAUGGCGACUUAUAUCAGCAACUUGCACUCAGACAGAGCAGCAAGCCAACUCCAGCGCCUCAACAUCACAACCCAACGCUGCUGAUGCAGCAGCAUAUAUAUCGUCCGAGACGAUCGAUGAAUCCAUCGAACUGGCUGAGUUAAGCAGAGUCCCUACAUACGGUACCGCAGUGCGGAGCCCCUUGCGCUCCCACGUAGAAGCUGGAGACUCCCUACUUCCUGAUUACAUGACAGUAGUUGCAGGCAGAGAAAACGAAACUCGGUGUUAG